AUGCAUGUUUCUAUUGAACGCCCAUAUUUUGUUGUAAAUGGUAAAAAGAUUUACUAUGUAUUUGAUGCUCCACAUUUAUUGAAGUCUACAAGGAAUAACUUUUAUAAGUAUAAAUUUGAAAUUUUGGAUAACACAACAGACAAGAAGUUCCUAAAUGAUUUUUAUAAAGCUGACCAAGGUCUCAAUCGCUGUGCUCCUAAAUUAACUGAAGCUCAUAUUAAUUCAGGGUCUUUUCAAAAAAUGAAAGUAUGA